GUACAUCUCUAUAGCACAUCUUGAUAUCACAUACCCUAAAGAAAAUGAUGCUUCGUGGGUUAAGUCUCGUGUGUUUUUUCAUGAUUGUUAACAAAGCCUACGCUAGAGAGUUUAUGGUCGGUGGUGCAAAAGGUUGGACCAUUCCUUCCGGGUCUCAAGUUUACAGUCAAUGGGCAGAACAGAGCAGAUUCCAAGUAGGCGACUCUUUGCUGUUCGUCUACCAACCAAACCAAGAUUCAGUGUUCCAGGUCACAAGAGACGCUUACGACAGCUGCAACACUGAUGCACCAACCGCUAAAUUCGCUGACGGGAAAACAUCCUUCGCACUAACCCACUCCGGACCAUACUAUUUCAUCAGCGGAAACAAAGACAACUGCAACAAAAACGAGCAGCUCGUGGUCAUUGUCAUGGCUGACAGAAACGGCAAGACCAACGCUACAUCAUCAUCACCACCGUCUCAAGCCCCGGCUCCCUCAGGAGAAGCCGCUCCGUCUCCGCCUAUCACAAGUAACCUUGAGCCCCCAGCAACUACGCCUACUCAAGAAACUCCAAAAAACGCAGCUUCCUCAUCUUCUUCCUUUGUCUCUGCUCUUUUGGGAGCUGCUCUUGCUUCCACUCUAUUCCUACACUAAGAAGUUUCUCUUUUGUCUUCUAUUCUCACUCUUUAACGAGUCUUUUCACGUGAGUUUGUGUCAAUUGGUGUUUGUUGUUUUGAUUUUUUCCCCUUUUGUUUCUCAUGUAAAUGAAUAAAAAGUUCUACUUGUGUGCAUAGUACAGAGACGUCAUCUCUAUUGUAUAUAGAGAAAUGGAAGGAUCAAGAAACUAAGAUAGUGUCAUACAAAACUUUCUUUCUCUU